AUGGCGGAUUCCAACAGCGAUUUCAAGCUGUAUCGCUAUGACCCUUCCAUGGCAGCAGCAGUCAUAUUCGUUAUUUUGUUCUUGGGCGCCACCGCAAUUCAUACCUGGCAGCUUCUGCAGACUCGAACUUGGUACUUUAUACCAUUUGUGAUUGGCGGAUACUAUGACGCUGAUAUCUCUUCUACCUAUAAGCGAUGCAUGUCAAGUCACCAGAGCCCUAACUGGACCGUGGGCCCAUAUGUCAUGCAAACAUUAUUGUUACUCAUUGCACCAACUCUCUUCGCAGCCAGUAUCUAUAUGGAGUUAGGACGGAUAAUUCUCCUCACGAAGGGAGAGUCGUACGCCCCUAUUCCACGACGGUUUUUAACGAAGAUAUUUGUUUGUGGAGAUGUUAUCUCUUUCCUUAUGCAAGGCGCUGGUGGUGGUAUAAUGGCAAGCGGGUCAGUAAGCUCAUUGCAGACCGGCGAAAAUAUUAUCAUCGGGGGUCUUGUUGUUCAACUCUUGUUCUUUUUGUUCUUCAUCGGCACUGCAAUCGUUUUCCACUGGCGCCUACGGCUGAAACCCGCAAAUCGUGUUUGGAUUCCAUGGGAGAAACAUCUCUACACCCUAUACAGCGGUAGUUGUCUAAUCCUCAUUCGUUCGCUUUACCGCCUCGUGGAAUAUGCCCAGGGAAAUAACGGAUACUUUAUGACACACGAAGUGUAUAUUUACCUGUUCGACGCUGUUCUGAUGCUGGGAUUAAUGACUCUUUUCGGCUGGGUCCAUCCAAGCGAGGUCAAUGCAUAUCUGAAGCACGGAAUUGGAGGAAAGGCCGUCAGGCGAGUGUUUUCAGUCUAUUCCCCAAACACAGAUUGUGGAAUCUGA